AGAUGUUUGUUUUCGUUUUCUUCAUGCACUUGCGUAAUCGUGUCUUUACAUGGGAAAUCGUCAUUAAUUAGAUAACGUGUACCUCGGCUUCGCAAGGAUGUCGUCCUAGCCUUUUCUCAUCUCAACCCAGUGCUUUGUGAUUUUUAUUUAUCUUUACCAAACCAUAGAAGGGCUUCCUUUCGUCAAUGAGCGCUUUCCUCUUCAGUUGAGGUUGCUGAGGACAAAACACAUGGAUACGGGGUUAUAACUGGACUUUAAAUGAAACAGCUCUUGGAAUUGUGGAGUUAAUUAGAGUAACUCAGCCUCUGAUUCAUCAUGCCAGGGAUCUCGCCAGCUGUUGUCGCUCGCCGCUCCGUGAGCUUCGGGUAAUCAAAGGAGCGCGGCAGCGACCAUGCCGUUUCCGUGCGGGGCGGAUGGGGACCCCGCGCGGAGGGACGCCUCUCCCCCCCCUCGGGGGGCGCGACGGGGGCGGGCGCUGAGUCUCUGGCUCUGCCUGGCCCUGGUGCUGAUGCCCGGGACCCAGGGCUCCAGCCUCAACUGCCACAAGACCUGCAUCUGCGCCAGCAACAUCGUCAGCUGCUCCAAGAUGAACCUGACGACCGUGCCCACCGCCCUGCCGCUCUACACGGCCGUCCUGGACCUGAGCUUCAACUCCAUCGCCCGGCUGCGCGCCGAGUGGACCACCGUCAAGCUGCUGAAGCUCCACAACCUGCUGCUCAGCCACAACGGCAUGAGCUUCCUGUCCAGCGAGGCCUUCGCCUACGUGGGCCGCCUCCGCUACCUGGACCUGUCCUCCAACCGCCUCCGGCAGCUGGACGAGUUCAUCUUCGAGCCGCUGCGGCAGCUGGAGGUGCUGCUGCUCUACAACAACCACAUCUCCCAGAUGGACCGCACGGCCUUCUCGGGCCUGGUCAGCCUGCAGAAGCUCUACCUGAGCCAGAACCAGGUGUCCCGCUUCCCCCUGGAGCUGGUCAAGGAGAAGAGCCGGCCGGAGAACAUCAGCCUGCUGGACGUCUCCGCCAACCGGAUCAAGGUCCUGCCCUUCCCCGACCUCCAGGCCCUGCCGGCCUGGAUCAAGAACGGGCUCUACUUCCACAGCAACCCGCUGGUGUGCGACUGCGCCCUCUACAGCCUGCUGGCGCACUGGCACGUGCGCAAGCUCAACUCGGCCCUGGACUUCAAGGACGACUACACGUGCGUGCUGCCCGGCGCGCAGAAGCUGACGGUGGGCGUGUUCGAGCUCAACGGCGACUACCUGAACUGCAGCACGUACGCGGAGGCCGACGAGGAGGCCUACCUGGACCAGACGCUGGUGCUCGCCUGCGACACCCGGCACCGGGACAUGCGGAAGAGCUGGGCCGCGCCCGGCAACGUGCCGGUGACGGCGCGUAGCAACGGGAGCGCGGUGGUGCUGACGGACGGCAGCCUGCGGAUCGCGCCGGCGCGGGCGGAGGACUCGGGCGUGUACACCUGCUUCGCCGUGAGCGAGGAGCUGAACGAGACGCUCUACGUGACGGUGAGGGUGCACAACUUCACCCUGGCCGGGGGCGGGGACACGCUCAACACCGCCUACACCACGCUGGUGGGCUGCCUGGCCAGCGUGGUGCUGGUGCUCAUCUACCUGUACCUGACGCCCUGCCGCUGCCGCUGCCGCCCGUGCGGCGGCGGGGCCCAGCGGCAGCGCGAGGACAGCAUCCGCUCCUCGGUGCUCAGCGCCACGCCCACCCGCGACGACCCCGCCGCCGCCGCCGCCCGGGCCGGCCUCAGCCGCCACGUGGUCUUCACCGACUCCAAGGAGCUCCAGGGCCAGAACGGCAAGGUCAAACCCAACGCUCAGGACGGGGAGGAGGAGGAGGGGGAGGAGGAGGAGGAGGAGGAAGAGCGGCGGGCGCUGCAGGGCAGGGGGGGGAGGAGGAGGAGGUCGGACGCGGACUCCAUCAGCUCAGUCUUCUCCGACACCCCCAUCGUGGUUUGAGGAGCGGACGCCCAUCCCCCCCCCCCCAUGGCCCAUGGACACGCUUCCUCCCUUGGCAGGGUUGGGGGUGGUGGUGGGGGGGGGGCAGUAAGGGAACCCGUUUGGUGGAACUUCCUACUGUGAUGUUCUGGAAAACUCCAUGCCGUGGAGCGGAUGGUUGGUUGGCGGUGGGUGGGGUGGGGGGGGGGGCGGCCUUUGUGCCCGCCCUUCGCCUUGGCACAAGACAACCCACCGGGACAAAGACGCGAGUAUCAGUUUAAUUUCCCAGCAUUUCGAUGUGUAGCACUUAAAUCUGAAUACUGUGAAAAGGCAGCGGCAGUGGAAUCACGUUGCGAAAACAAAAGAGAAAUCCUAGAAGUGGAGGAGGGAAGGAGCCCCCGACACGGUUCGAGAGGGAGCGGGGGGCGUGCUGAGAACGACAGAUGUGCCGUCUGAAGAAAAGGGGGGAGCGAGGUCGUGGGUUAAAAGAAUGCUGCCAAAAAGAUGAAAGUGAAAUGUCCCAUCUGCGGAAGGAGAAAAGCUCCACAGUUAUAAUUAAUUAAGGAGCGCAAGCCUUUCAGAAGCCAUUAAAUAUUUAAUUGGAAUCGCUCGUUCUGAGUCGCCCGUUUUCCCAUAGAAGUUAGCGCCAGCGCAUCCCUGCUCUGGCAGGCCCAGGAUGGCUGGUCCAUGAAUAUUCACUGUCACUGAGUCAUUAUCAAAGUGGCUGCAGGAGGAAUAGCAUCCAACAAACUCAACAAGACAUAAAUUCCCGAGCUGGGGGUGGGGAGGGAGGGUUAUCGCUAGAGAAAAUGGGACUCGAUUCUUAUUUCUGGGAAGCAGGCAAACAAUCAGAUUAACCUUUCAGAUAACCACUUUAGAAAAGCAUUUAAAAAAAAGAUAGUAAAUGUGAACGGCUAGCAUACUGCAUCAAAAAGGCAAAGCUAAAAUUGGUUUUGGGGCUAAAGGUUUGGGAUCGAAUGAGCAAAUAUAAAAGUACAGCAUUUCACAGCGUUUCUGAACGAAUAAGGAACCAUGAAAUUUCUCUCCAAAAGAGAGCUUUCAGCUGCAACGGUCAAAGCCAUGAUUACCAAACAUAAGCCAGAAAAGACGCUUCUGCACAUGCUCCAUGGUAAAGGCAUACCACGUGCUUGUCUGCACGGAGACAUUGUACCACAGUCGGUCCCUGCUUUCUGUUUGUUUCGCUAGUCCAGUGAGAGGUAGAGAGUCUAUUGUUGUUUGUUGGCCAAAAGCUGCUCCUAGAAACAGUGUUGUCCAAUGAAAACAAUACACAAUAUGCUACUGUUAUUGGGGGGUGGUUCUGUCAAAGAGCAGAGAUGUUUAAUUACCAAUUAUGAAUUGAGGGCACCUUGAGUGAUUAAAAAUGACUUCACAUUCUAUUCAUGGUGGGGAACACAAUUCAUUUUUAAUAUAACAAAGCCGCGGUUUUGAUGAGAUGUGCGCUGUGAGACUCUGAGAUUUGCAGUCAUUACUCGGUGCGUUUUCCACAGUGCUUGGUGUCCUCUUAACUCGUAAUCACAAGCUGUCAUUUCUAGCUGCUUCAUGUGCAUUCUUUGACAAUUCGAGGAUUACCGAGCUCAUGGAGUUGUGUGGUUAUGUAUAGUAAAGGAAAUAAUAACGACACUCGUGUAAUUUCCUAACUUAAUAUUGAAGGUCAAGGUGCGCUGUUUUACAUCGAAUCUGUCUUGGUUAUAUGAUCUCUGUUAAAUGGUACAUGUAAGACCUCAUAGACUGUUCCUCAGGCUUUGAUUGCUUAGUCUUUGAAGGUUGGCAUUGACCUGCGGACGUCGGCGUUGGAUAUAUUUCUGUAAGGGAGGCGUUAUUCACAGGGUCAGAAAGUCAUGCCAGGCAGACAGUGAAUGACUGAAUGAAUGUGGCUGCUGGCUUGCUGGAGUAUAUUGCUUUUUGUGUUGGAUGGGGAUACAGAGGACAUGCUGAUGCAGUCAGUGUCUUAGAUAUGCAAGAGAAUAUGUGCUCUACCGUAUCUCACCCUGAUUUUAAUCAUACUACGGACAGGGAAUGCUUCUCACAAUAGGCUCUCUGGCAUUAUGAAUUUGGACUUCUUACAUAAAUCCAGAGUCAGCUCCCGUAACAAGUUUACUAAGGUUUAGUAUACAGCUAUGCCAAAUGCCAUAAGGGUUCAGUCUGCUUAGAAAUUAUGACCAGCCAUUACUGCGGAAUUGCUUUAUAUAUGAUCAUAAAGCCAACUUUUUAUUCUUUGUGCAUAUAUGAAUGUAGGUAUUUCUUCCCUUAUUACAUGUGUCAGAGAGAUACAACUUACUGAGAUAUAUUUAUGUGAGAUAUAUUUAAUUAUGGUUAGCAGAAAGGACCGAGGUAGGACCGAGAGAGAAAGUUCUGGGAGAUUGAGGUUUCAUCAGCCCCAUAAUGGGUGGAUUUACGAACUGUCUGUCGCUUGUUUCGACCAAUUAAAAUGUUCUGGCUGUGACAGCAGAGCACAGCGAUUGGGUGAAAUCAGCAGGUCACUGAUAGCACAUGGUAGCUUCUCCCAUUUUGUUGUCUUGACGUCGCAUUCUGCCAUAACUACUGUGAACCAACCAGGACAGUUAGUGAUGACUCAUCAGGGCUGGACAUGAGAAGCAACAUAUGCCACUACACUAGGCAGCUGGACUAGUAGCUUGUCAGGGGAAUCUGUGAAAUGUCCAUGUGACAGAUUUGUACAUUUUAGCCCUGUAGGCGGAGAACGCUUACAUCACAACUCAUACGAAAAGGGCACAGUCUGUGAAUUGUAGUAAUAAUUCUUAAAUGACACCUUUUGCGGUUGUCACUUGAACAAAGGAUUAAAUCUGUAAUGCAAAUUAACUCUGUAGCGUUCCUCAGAUGCUCGCAGCCAAACACCAGUCAUGUUUUUCUGACAGUGUUUACCAACCGCUUGCAUCUCCUGCAGAAAGGGGGGGGGGGGGGGGGGCGGGGGAGCUUACUUUAUAUUAGGCAAAGCCUGCCUGUUAUGAUCAGACUAUAGCUGUGGUAUUAGAGAAUGCUAUUUACAGCCUUUGAUGGAAUGAGGCAAUAGUCUGCCUGCCUCUCACUGUGAAAGUAGAGAUAUUUCAUAUUUGCAGUGUUUUCUUUCCACCAAAUCUACAUGCCCUUUUGUCUCUUUGUGCCGACAGCCUCGAUUGAAAUUGGCCGAGGUAACUUUUAAGCCUGUUCCGUCAAGUUUAUGCGCAUAUGUUCUCUUCCUUAGUCAUCGCAGACAGUCCCCGUGGUUACGCGCCCCCUGCCUUUGUGCCGUUUGGUUACGGACCGCCCCCCCCCCCCCCCCCCCCCGGCGGGUUUAUCACACCAUUCAGUUUAGAACGCUGAGCACAACGCCAGCAGGACGGGACGGGUCACAGGAGCAGCCGAAGCCCCAGACUGUCUGUCAAUAAGCAGGUAGAGGCAUUACACUGCCUCAGGCAAUAGAACGGUUUCACACUGUCGGAAUUUCACUAGGAAAUACAAUACGUGGUUAGUGUCUUCAUUUAUGUUCGGUUGGAACCCUGAACAUGUUCAGCCUCGUAAAUUCUGCUGUUCAUACAUUUUUGUCUACAUAAGGAAAAUAUAUUCAAAAUAUGAGAAAUAUUUUUGAUAUUAUAAAACAGGGGUGUCCAAUCAUAUCCGAAAAGGGUAAAGAAAAGGGUAAGGGUGUGGGUGCAGGUUUAUGUUUUGCAGGUUCUUGAUUGAAGACCUUGAUGGGUUAAAUAGGUGAAUCAGGUUUCAUGGUGCUGGACUAAAACAAAAACCUGCACCCACACCGACCCUUUUCAGAUAAGAUUAAACACCCCUGUUCUAAAACAUACAAGUGGUAUUAAAAAUAUAAAUAAGAAAAAACAAAAAAAACAUGUGCUAUCAUGUUUGUAAUUGUAUUUUUACAUUGCCCAAUGUAUCCUGAAAUUGGCAAUAGCAUCUAUUUUCAAAUAUGUGCAGGGCACAAUUUGUCAUACUUAAAGACAUUCCUUAUACGGGGGAUAUUGUGUUCCCAAACGUAUCAUAUUUUGGUAAAGGUAGCUAAGCACACAGACGCUGUGAGACCGAGUGCAGUCGAACUCUCCUGCAGCUUGUGUUCGCUGACGGGCAAGAGUCUGAAACGCACUACGGAGUUCUGCGGUUCACUGAAGGUUGUGAGGCACAAACACUGAAAUCACAGGCUCUCUUUCUCACCAUUAUGAAUGAACAUACCAUAGGAAUCUUGUCAGUUAUUUAAUUCACUGUCUACCAAACAGAGCUUUGAAGGACCCAAGAAAAGCAAUCAGCGUUCUCCUGUACACAGUGCUAUACUCAGUUUAGUACAAUAUACAUACCAGACAUGUAGUGCAAAACACCUUUGCAGAUGUACGUCAUGUAAGUCUGCUAAUGGCUAGUGCCUGACAGUGAUUAUAAUGUUGUUCUGUUUAGUUUUACCAUCCAUACCCAAAUACUGUAUGGUGAGCCAAUGUUUCAGCUUGGUAGGGUCUGUUUAUAAGGACAUGUGUCUCAGUGAAGUGCUGGAACCUAAUUAUACAGCUCAGGGAGGAAGUCGAAAAAGGCAGCUCUGUUUGCAUCCACAAUAUUAACAACUUUUUUUUUUAAAAACACUACCCCGCCAAAAAAAAGUCACGGGUGCUUUUACUGCGGUUUUUUCUGAAAAGCUUUCUUAAAGCUUCAUUUGGGCCCAGGAAGAAGUGGCUCGGAGAUGUGUUGAUGCAGAAGGACAAAGAACAAGGCCUUCAUCCCAUUAUAUGUGUAAGUGUUCCAAUGCAGAAAGCAUUGCUGACUAGCGUUGUAUUGAAGUAUUGCUUAUCCGUGUGUGUGAUAGAAACAGUACCUUUGUGUUAGCCAUUGCUGUUAACAGUUGACAAACCUUUGUCUGUAUCGAUGAUGCGGAUUCCUGUCUCAGUCUUCGUUGUCAAUGUUAUUAGCCAGAUGUUGACUUCACGGGGCUGGAAGCAUCUUGACUUCUCGGGAAGAACAUGAUAAAACUGGUCUCUCUGUACGACUGGCCUGAACGACCAUCGAAGGCUUCUGCAGUUUGUGUCAGCUGACUGUCCGUCCAUUCCUCUGUCUCCGUGUCCGUUCUCAAAGCGCGUGGGUCCUGGAGACCUGCGUCUGGGAGAGCUCUCCCUCUCUCCCUGGACGGCGAAUCUAAACCGCGACGUUGUCGCUCCGGAGGUUCACCACAAAAGCCAUCGACAGCAGCACAGCGGAAGAAAACACUUCCGGAAAGUCAGGUUUUCCUUGGACGGGACCGAUUGGGAAGAGACUGUGAUGUUGUUCAUGUUCAGACUCUUUUGAGUGUGCUGUCUUUUUCCGGGGUACCCAUGGGGUACCCAUUAGUUCUCUCAAAGAAAUAAAUAAAUUGAAAUUUAUUGGACGUA